AUGGCUGGCCACAGUUCUAGAGCUUCGGGUUCUCAGCACAAACUAGAGUCAGAUCAGAUACCAGCAGGACGUGGUAGAGGAAGGAGUGGAGCAUCUAACUCGAGCAGUCCUCAGAGCCGCAUUUAUGCCUUAGCUGGUAGACAGGAUCGUGAGACGUCUUCUGAUGUUGUUACAGAGGCCGAACAUACAGAUCAUCUACGUGCAGUGCUUAGAAUUCUUCGAGAUAGAGAGUUAUAUGCGAAUUUUUCCAAGUAUAAAGGCAUUAGAGUGGAUACUCAAAAGAUUAAAGCUGUGGAGAAUUGGCCAAGGCCCAUGAUACCAAUAGAGAUAUGUAGUUUCUUGGGCUUAGCAGGAUAUUAUAGAAGGUUCAUGGAAGGAUUCUCUUCUCUUUCAGGACCAUUGACUAAGCAGACUCAAAAAUCAGGUAAGUUCCAGUGGACACAUGCAUGUGAGUGGAGUUUUCAGACAUUGAAGGACAAGUUGACCUCAGCACCUGUCUUGACUCUUCUAGAGGGAACAGAUGGCUAUGUGAUAUAUUGUGAUGCUUUAG